GGCGGCGGGAACGCGGUGCCUGCUGCAGCUAGAGCAGUUAGGAGGGGUGGGGUCCUGAUCAUGGCGGACCUUAGCAGUCCCGACGGCGAUCCGACGGUACGAACACUCUUGCGGCGCGUGCUGGAUACAGCGGAUUCCCGCACUCCGAGGCGACGCUGGAGCACUCAGACCAAUGCACAAAGAAGACAAUCUCAAACGCCAUACUCUAAGAGGCAGGGUAGCCAGACAAAGACAGGUGCCAGAAAGCAUUCCUAUGGAGCGAGGUCAGGUGGCAGAUUGGCUCGUGUUCAAGGACAUGGGCACCUGGAGGAACAGACACCCCGGACUCUGCUGAAGAAUAUCUUACUAACUGCCCCAGAAUCUUCCACUGUGAUGCCAGACCCAAUGGUGAAGCCAGCACAAGUCCCAGAAGUGGCCCUGUCCUCCAGACGGGAAAGCAGUCGGGGAAGCCUGGAGCUACACCUUCCUGAACUGGAGCGCCCCUCCACUCUGGCUCCAGGUCUAACAGCCCCUGGCAAAAGGAAGCAAAAGCUGAGAUUGUCAGUGUUUCAGCAGGAAGUGAACCAGGGGUUGCCUGUCUCCCAAGAGCCGCGUGGGAAUGCUGAUGUUCCGUCUAUCGCCAGCAGUUCCUUCAGCCUCAGCUUUGUCUCCCCUCGUCUGCCACCGACAGUGGAGAGACCUGGUCUGGCUCGCAGACGGCCCAUCCGCCGACUUGUGAAUGUCAGUGCUCUUCUGCAGGAUCUGGAAGACAAAUCCUUAACCUCUACUCCUCCAGGUGACGAUCAUAGAACACCUGUUGCUGGUCUGCCAAAGCAUGUAGUGUUGGAAGACACACAGCCUUUCUCCCAGCCCGUGGCUGACUCUUCCCUUAGUGUGAAUCACUCUCUGCCCAAGCCUUCUCACACUGGGGUUGAAGAUGCUGAGAGCGCUGUGGGCCCCAGGACCCCAAGCACUGGGACCAGGCUGCAGAACCAGAUGAGCACAACUGGCUUUGGUGCCUCUCCUUUACCCUUCGUGGAGCCCAAGGAUCGAGAAGAAUCUUCAGAGGAUGAGGAAAUUUCUGGUAGGCCAGCAAGUGGAGAAUUAUCCUCCGGCACCUACACCUUACUGCCCACUGAGCAGCCACAUCAAUUAUCCGAGCGUCCCACGUCACCUGAACAGCCACAUCAGUUAUCUGAGCGCCCCACGUCACCUGGACAGCCACAUCAGUUAUCCGAGCGCCCCACGUCACCUGGACAGCCACGUCAGUUAUCCGAGCCCCCCACGUCACCUGGACAGCCACGUCAGUUAUCCAAGCGCCCCACGUCACCUGGACAGCCACAUCAGUUAUCCGAGCGCCCCACGUCACCUGGAGUUGCAGUUUUAUCUUCAGAGCCCCUGGAGUCUGUGCCAGCCAAGCUUCCAUCCAGGACCCGAACGGCAGGUCCUAGGCACCGCCAAGACCCCUACAAGGCCGGGCUGAGCCACUAUGUAAAGCUCUUCAGCUUCUAUGCUAAGAUGCCUGUGGAGAAGGCGGCUCUUGAAAGAGUAGAGAAGUGCCUAGACAAGUAUUUCCAGCACCUUUGCGAUGACCUGGAGGUGUUCGCUGCCCAUGCUGGCCGUAAGACUGUGACGCCAAAAGACUUAGAGCUGCUGAUGCGACGGCAGGGACUGGUCACCGAUCAAGUCUCACUGAAUGUGCUUGUGGAGCGGUACCUGCCCUUGGAGUACCGGCAACAACUCAUCCCCUGUGCAUUCAGUGGCAAUUCUGUCUUCCCUGCACAGUAGGACCAGGCCUUACCUGUCACCUACUCUCCCUACCUUGGACAUCUGGAACCCUACAUAGUCUUCAAGGUCUCCUCAUCUCCUAGCACCAAUAAAGUCUCACAAGUGG